AUGCACUUUGGCCGGGACCAGUUUCGUGACAAAUGCAUUUGUUCUCUCGCAGAUGCGUCCUCGUCCAAUGAGGCGGUGCACCUGCAGCAGAGGCUCAAGAGCCUCAGCUGCGAGCUUGUGACCCUGCGCAACCGGCUGCACGUGACUGAGGCCGGGGCAGGUGGUGCGCCGCCGCCGGCCUCGUCAGUGCUGCAGGAUGCCACCAAGGCAGCUCGAGUCACACCGGGGCCCGGCGGCCUGCCAGCAGUCGCAGCCAUCUCUUCUUCGGCCACCAGGGAUCCCUGCAUGCUGCCCGUCGGAGAGAGCAAUCACUCCCAGGGAGGCCCAGUGCUCAAGGAUGCCAAGCCUCAACUUUACGUGCCAGGUGACGGUGCUAAACUACCGCCGUGCAAAACCAGCCCCAUCAUUCCACCUGCAGCCGGGAUGCACAACCAGGGCGGCACUAAGUCCUGCGCUGAAGUGCGCGAUCUCAUCCACCUAACGGGUCCACUCACUGAGGACGCUGUGCUGAGGACACUGCACGCGAGGUUCUUCUGUCGGGAGUACUUCACCAAUGUGGGGCCCAUCCUAGUGUCGGUGAACGCGUACCAGGACACGGGCAACCCGCUGACACUGCGCAGUGCACACGCAGCCUCCCGGUGCCCACAGCUGCUUCAGGUGGUACACGAGGCGGCCAGACAACAGGCCGAGACCGGGUACCCGCAGGCCAUCAUACUAAGUGGCGAGAACGGCAGUGGCAAGACGUACGCAUCCAUGGUUCUCCUGCGGCAGCUGUUUGACGUGGCCGGCGGUGGAUGCGAGACAGAUGCCUUCAAGCACCUGGCUGCCGCCUUCACUGUGCUGCGCUCCCUGGGAUGUGCCAAGACGCAGCAGAAUGCACAAUCUAGUCGAAUCGGUCACUUCAUUGAGGUGCAAGUGACCGAUGGUGCCCUUUACAGGACCAAGAUUCACUGCUACUUUCUCGAUCAGACGAGAGUGGUGCGACCGCUUACCAACGAGAAGAACUACCACAUCUUCUACCAGAUGCUUGCCGGACUCAACCAGGAGGAGAGAGGAAAGCUGCACCUUGACGGGUACUCUGUGCAGAACCUGCGCUACCUGAAUAGAGGUGACGUCAGCCAGAACGAGGCACAGGACGCCACACGUUUUGAAGCCUGGAAGACUUGCCUGUCGGUGCUGGGCAUCCCGUUCCUGGACGUAGUGCGCGUGCUGGCGGCCGUGCUGCUUCUGGGCAAUGUGCAGUUCACCGCAGACUCGGACCACCAUCAGCUGGAAACCAAGGGUGGCGAGGUCAAGGCAGUCGCCUCCCUGCUCGGAGUGGCCAGCGGAGCCCUCUUCCAGGGACUGACAUCGCGCACGCGCUCCGUUCGCGGCCAGAUUGUCAAGACCACCUCGGACGCUGGCACGGCGAGCCAGACUCGUGACGCACUGGCCAAGGCCCUGUACUGCCGCACCGUAGCCACAAUCGUGCGACGAGCCAACAGCCUGAAGCGGAUGGGGUCCACCUCAGGAACGCUCAGCUCAGACUCCAACGAGUCUGUUCAUAACCACACCGACACCGGAAGCCAGCAUGCGUCGACAAUCGGCUCGAGUGGUGCCAAGUCGUCCAAGUCGAUGAGCGUGCUCAACUCGGCAGUGCGACACGCCACUGAUGGAUUCAUCGGCAUACUCGACAUGUUUGGCUUCGAGGACGUCAAGUUGAGUCAGCUGGAGCACCUGUGCAUCAAUCUGUGCGCGGAGACAAUGCAGCACUUCUACAACACGCACGUCUUCAAGAGCAGCAUGGAGGCGUGUCGGGAGGAAGGUGUCCUGGCCGACCUUGAGAUUGAGUACGCCGACAACGUGCCCUGCAUCGACCUCGUCUCUUCAUUGCGCACGGGUUUGCUGAGCAUGGUGGAUGUGGAGUGCUCAUUACGGGGUACGCCUGACACAUACGUCCAGAAGGUCCGCAUGCAGCACAAGACUAGUCCCAGGUUCUUUGAAGUCAAGUGUGGUGGCGUGGCGUUCGGCAUUCGGCACUAUGCGGGCAAUGUGACCUACGAAGCAUCGGGGUUUCUCGAGACCAAUCGGGACGUGGUUUCCGACGAUGUGGUGGCCGUCUUCCACCGCAGCUCCUGCGCUUUUGGCUUCGCUACGCACCUGUUCGGCAGCGAGUUGAAGGCGCUGUUCGCUGAUGGCGUCGCUCCUCGUGGUGUCUCCUUCAGGGUGUCGCCGACAGCGCACACAGAGCUGCAAAAUGGCGAUGAGCCCGUGUCCACACUAACCCAGGACUUUCAUACGCGACUGGACAACCUGCUUCGGACAUUGGUGCACGCCAAGCCGCACUUUGUGCGCUGCAUACGGGCCAACAAGCACGAGCAAGCCGGUCACUUUGAACGCACUGUGGUCAUGAAGCAGCUGAGGGCGUUGCAGGUACUGGAAACCGUCAACCUAAUGGCUGGAGGCUUGCCCCAUCGCAUGCGCUUCAAGGCUUUCAACGUGCGCUACCGCCUCCUGGCUCCUUUCAAGAUACUCAAGAAGACUGACGACAAGGCAGUCGGAGAUUGCAAGCUCAUCCUGGAGCACUUCAGCCAGACAAUCGCCAAUGUCAAGCUCUCCAAUGCCACUGUCAAUUGGGCUUUGGGCAAGAGGCACAUCUUCCUCAGUGAGAAUGCCCGGCAACAACUGGAGCUCUUGCGCGAGGCGCGGCGUCACGCAGCUGCCCUGCUCAUCCAGGCAGUGUGGCGUGGUUGGCACCAGCGGCUGCGGUGGCCCAGUUUACGCCGGAGUCUACAGCUGCACGGAAGGGUUGCCAACACGAGGUCACAGCCAGCGGCACCGCCAGCAGGGGUGGCAAUACAAGGCCGCCCUCGGCCUCAGCCGAUCUCGGGAACCCCUCCACCGGAAAUGGAACGAUGUGACGCCAAGACCAUCCAGCAGACUUGCUCCCUCUUUGGUCUAGAUUUGGAGAGACCACCUCCUGUGCCACCCAGCCGUCCAUAUACCGUGAGUGGCAACACGAAGCUGGGCUACCCCCAGACCCGAGUGAUGAAGAUGAACUACCCUGAAGAGUCUGCGGGUGAAGUGAAACUGCCCAAAAGUGAAACCGUGGUUGUUGUGGGCGCCUCACCACAGCGCGGUCACCUGCUCGUCGAAUACAAGGGGCAGACUUACCAUGUGCCAUACCAGUUCCUUGAGCUCAAGCCAUCCCAGCCUAGCAAUCCAGGCAGCAUCAGUGGGCCUCCUGCAUCCCGAGUCAACAUAUAAAUUUUCCUGAGGAGCAGAACUACUUAGAGCGGUGGUGCUCACUCUGACAAAUUACACUGAAGACUGUCGUGUCAUAACAUUCUGGUUUCAUCAGUGGAACUGUGCCUAGCUCGUUACUUGCUCACCUGCCAGCUAAAGUUCAGUUUGAUACUUAUUAACCACAUUGCUAUCCGAGAUUAUCAGCCGAACAACAGUAGGAGGCUCAUUGGAAACUGUUUCCUCCACACUGAUUCUCAAGUGUAGAGCAUUUAUUGUAGGUGCUGUUUGUGUCAGCCACUAUCCGCUUGCUGUUACACGGUGUUGUAAUGCAGUUGCUGAUCCUGUUCUCUUUCGGAUGAGCAGUUUUGAGUGCCUUCCAUCAGCAUCAAUGCCACAGUGAUGCCUGGACCUAAAGGUGUCAAUAUUGAUGAAAGGACCUCAUUUCUGCCAAGUUCAGCAGCAUCACCAGUUGUCUACAAGACUGUAUACGAACAUGAGAAUUGUUGCCUUAUGAGCAUCACUAUAAGGCAAUUAAUAAUGUGCAUCAUCAUCAGCAUCAUUAGAUUGACCUGCUUUAUGUAAACUCCAUGGUGAAGGCCGCUCCGAAUGAUCUCUAAUUUAUCCCAUCUUGAGCGAACUGAUUCCAUUUUAUGACUGGGAACUUCAUGGUUUCUCCAUUUUAUCUAUCUCACUGUAUUCACUUAAGCUCCAUCCUUCAGUGUCCAUUUUGUCAUUACCAGCAGCCAUCUGUCCGUGACCUGCCUUGCCAGGUAUACUGGCGGCUCCUCCUCCUUGUUCAGUAUUUCCUAUUCUGCUCUCGUUUAGUCCCCAUGUGGAGCUCUUAUUAAAUUUCUCUGUUAAUUAUCACACACAGUGGCUGUAUAUUUGCUUUUUUUCCUGCGAUGCUAAAGUGCCUGUCCAUAAAAGCUCCAGUCCAUCUUUAUUUUUUGGUGAAUUUGAAUAGGCUCCCUACUUAGUAAACAUACUCUUGUAUAGCGGGGAUGCCACUUUAUAGAGAGGUUUCCAGUUGUGAACUCUCGCGAUACUAAUAAUCAUUACCUUUGUUUCCAUAGUAAUGGUAAUGUUUGCCCUACUUUAGCAUUUUCUCAGUUUAGGCCUCCGGUCAUUUUUUUUAUCCGCAGUCCCCAUUGGUGUCAUCUACAAAUCGUAGGCUGGCGAGAUAUUUUCCGUAAGCACUUAUUCCUGUUUCUGCCCAGUUUGGAUGUUUCAACACUUUCAAGCAUGCAUUGAAUAAAGUUGGGGAAAUAAUAUCUUCUUCUAUGCUCACUACGGGAAGAUCACUUAUAACUAUACAAAUAAAAGCUUUCAGUCUCUCUCUGACCGCUUUCUGUUUCACAAGUACUAGAUUCUUUUUCUGGUAGCUGUACAAUCUUUGUAGAUGGUGGCUAGGACAUUCAUAUCUUUCAAGUACUCCUUGGUCACUUCAUGCUUCCGUGAAUAACCUUUGGAAUUUCUAGUGAGUCAAAUGUAUCUAUUCAGUAUAUGGAAGCUGAAUAGAAGGCCUGGUUGUAUUUAGCAGAUAUCUGAAUUUUGCGAUUGAUUACAUGGUUUUUAUCUAUCGUAGAGUAUCCUUUCCUGAUACCUGCUUGUUCUGAAAGUCUGUUGAGAUUGUGCUCCAAUUAUCUUGUAUGCAGUUAUCUUCGUAAAUAUUAGUAUACAAUACUGAAAUUAAGUUGAUGGGUCUAUUAUUCUUGAAGUCUCCUAAAUCUUCCUAUGAUUUCAGCUCAGUGGCACAUAUGUUUUGAGACAUUCAAUUUAACAGGGUAUCACAAGUUUCUUAAAUAUAAAACACGCUCACCUCUUGCUCAACCGACUGCAUACCGUCCUCUUCAGCAUUUUUGCAUUGGGCAUGUUGGCUUGUGACCUUGUAACCUCAGUUAAGUGUAGUCUUCUAUAGCUUUACUUUAUCGGGUUCUUGAUGUAGUCUAGCUUGCUGUAGUUUUUCUUAGCCUGAAAACCACUUGUGAAGUGCAUAAAAAGAAUGUCACUUCACUUGAUAGAGCCUUGCAUAGAACGUUUCCAGGUUCAGAUUCCAGUGGUGAGCUGUUCGACUCAAGACAUUAUUAUCAUUCUCCGCAGCUUCUCAUGUUCAACUGCUGCUAUGGUCAGUUGUUCAGUGGCUGGGAGUGUCUGUGGUUAAGUCCUGAGGUUCAUUUGUGAUCUUUUAGAAGAAAAACCCUAAUGGAAGACGAACUUAGGCGAUACGAGAACACGGGACUGACAAUACUAAGCUACGUUUAUCUAAGCAUUAUUUGGGAAGCGGUUGCCAGAUACUGUGCCAAAGAGGCCAUAUGUGAUGGAGUUGUAGCAGGAGGACCUUGGGCUUCUUUGCCAGCCCACAUGUCACUUACAAAGUUGGGGCGUGUAUUGCUGCCAAAAUGUGAUUGGACAAAUUUAUUGCGCCAUCUCAGUUUAAAAAAAGUUCACAGGAAUGCAAGAAGACUGCAGUUUCCAAGAGCAGCCGUGGUCGUCCCUCGCCACACUCUGCUCCGGCCCGGAGAUAGCUGAGAGGCCAAGGGCAGAGCUAUCUUCUCAACCAGAGAGGGCCAGAGAUGGCACCACGGUAACCAUAGCUCAGGAGGGCUAUUAUGCCGCUUCAUGCGUGGUCGUUUCGGGGCCAGGGACGCCGCUCGAAGUAAAUGAAAAGAGCAAACACUGUCUCUGCUCUAUAACGAGCAAAAAAAUAAAUAAAUGAACAAAAGCAUUGAACAAAUAAUGCAGAAUUCUGAUGAUACAGCCGCAGAUAUCAGUGAAAAAUGAUCAAUUCACUGCCCCUAUGUUCCGCAAUAGGCGCUUGCUUCAACAUUAGGACACGUGGCAUCGUGCAUAUAUUCUUUGCAGGAACAAAAAUAACCUAUUAGCUAUAGUAUUACUGCAGAAAAACAAACAGUCAAUAUGUGUCGCAGCGGUCACGUUUGAUGUACGCUACAUCAUAGAGGCACAUGCACUGUGUGGGUCAGUACGCGUUAAACAACAUCACGUUGGCGAAAUCUCUGGAGCCCUACUACAGCGUACGUGAUUCCAGCUCAUAAAACCCUGGAUAUUCUUAUUAACAAGUGCAGAAAUCUCACGGGGAGAAGACAGCACACGCAGGCAGGGAUGGUUCAUAGAAAAUUACCAACUCAGGGUGAGGAUGAACUCAAAAACAGCACAUUUUGUUACAGUGAUGUAGAGAUGCAUUUUAUUGUGGUGAUCUAGAGGUGACCAGCUGGCACACAAACGGGUUGGGCUGAAUCGCCUGACAAGCAUUUCAAUAUCAUUGAUGUUGCGAGGGAGUUGGGUGUAUUGAAUAGGCAUAAGUUUGCCCGACUGAGCUAGAAUUACAGUCAGUUGUUCGACAAGUUCCCCACUCUUUCAAAGAUGACGCGGCUGGGAACAGUAGCAUAGCAGAAUUAGCUCGCGCCAGUUGCGGAAUCAUUUGGCUUAGUAGCUGCCUUACUUGUAAUGAAAACUUCACAAAACAUGAUUGUUCUCAGCCCGUCAACCUCAACCUUGUGUUAAGCUCAGGUUAUUGUUGGGAAAGGCACUAUCGUUCUCAAAAACUAUAUUGAUCAAACUUGUGGG